CUUAUUUUCUUACUCUCUCUCUCUCUCUCUCUCUUUUUUUCUUUGUCUUUGUCUUUGUCUGUCCCUUACCGUGUUACUUUCCCUUUUAAUCCGUCCGCGCGUUAAUUCGACUACCAUCGAUGUCAGGGGUCAGAUGAUGAAAAUUUCUUUUCUCCGCCUGGUAGCCAGGUGAGAGAGUAAAAACGUCAGGCUCUAUGAAGGAUUCGAGGGAUCAGCUAAGAUGAGACGCUUCGACGAUGUUCGUGGUACGCGUAAAAUUGGAGCGUCACCUCCAUUUCGUGUCAUUACGACACGAGAUUCUUCCUAUCUCGGCACGUCCUUGUCGUCAUCGUCGAUCACAGCCCAACAAAGAUCGACAACAUCACCGAAAUUACAGCUUCCAGCUCAACCUCCAUCACCGCCACCACCAACCGCACCGGAACCAUACAAAUUGGUGCCAUCUGGUACAGCCCUUGGUAGGGCUCAUCGACGUUCGAGUUUCGUGAUAAUUGCCGAAAGUAGACCAGCCACCCCGGAAUCAAGAAGUGUCUCACCUACUCAGCCACCAGGAAGGGUUUCGCCGUUUCGAGGUCGUGGUUUCAAAGGUCCACCACCAAGAUCAAGACCUGACUCACCGGAUGAUUAUCUCGAUCCAAGAAAAAGUUAUCGGAGAAAUGUUCGCAGUGAUUCGAGAGCAUCACAGCAAACCAGUCCGAGGAAAAGUUUAAUACCACAACCAACCCAACGACGACGAUCGGUAUCGUUGAGUAAAACAAGUGAUGAAAGAGUUUCACCAAAAAUUGGGCGUCGAGGGGACCAAAAAAAUUGGUUGAGUGUUCAUGGAAGUUUCGACAACGUUAGUGAUUCUCGAAGAGGUAAUCUUGUUAACGAUGUGUCCAGAUUGAGACGAGAUCGAUCAGGAAAAAUACCAAGCAAACUUUCACCAAUCCGAGGUACCCCAACAAAAGUGGAUAAGUCAAACACCCGACCAAUAACGAGAGAUCCGAAAAAUGUGAAAAAUCUUCAACGAAAUACAAUGACUGGGACACCCGGUGCACGUUUUAUUUCUCCACCAAAAAAUACUCAGAAAAGGGAAAGGUUCAUAACAAACGAUGACAAUACGGUACCUUCGAAAACAUCCAAAAUACCAUUGAAAAACAAUGGAUCCAGUAAAGUUUCAUCCAGUAUCAGCAUGCCUGAAAUGUCGAAGAACAAGAAAACCGAUGACAGUGAACAAAUGAUCGAAGUUGAAGAAAUGAAUAAUGGAACUAACCAGGAACGAUCAAGCAACGAUAACAUCAAUAAUAACGAUCAGAUCGGUUUAACGGAUCUUUUGAAAAGAACUUCUGGUGUAACUGGUACGUCAAGUGUUGUUAAUACUACAACAACGACAGCAGUGCAACCUCUUCGUAUCGAUAAUUCAAGAAUUCCAAUAGAUUCAACGAAAAUUGAAGGACAAUUAAUUGACGUGACGAGAAAAUCCGAGUCGUCGGUGUUGAAAAAUGAUACAAACGGUAGAUCAAAAUUACAGGGUGGCCAAAAUGAAGAGAAACAUCAUAGAAAAAAGAAUACGACAGGUUAUGAAACACCAACGAAAACAAACAACGAACGUUAUUCGGCAACGAGCAAAGAAGGAACCAGUGAUUCUUCGGCCAGCUCGAACAAUGCAAUUAAAUCACGUUUGAACAGUGGACGGAUAAAUAAAGGUUAUAAUCGUACGACUAGUCGCGAACGUCUCGAUGGAAAGGAAAUUGAUUCUGCCAGUUCUAAAGGUUCCAAUUCGAAAAAUCAAAAGAAUAUGAAGAACAAUAACAAACGAGCAAUUGUUGACGAAUUUUCACCAGUUUCAAAUACUUCUUUGUUAGAAGACAAUACCAAACAAAUGGAACUCGAACAAGUCAAAUUAGAAAGGAUUAUUAACGAUGGAAAAUCCAAUACGAAUAACGACGUGAUUUUAACUACUACGGGCAAGAUUGGUGGAAAUACGAGUGGUCUAAUUAACAAUAACAAAAACAACAACGAUGGUAAUUCAUCUUCGAGAUUAAACAAAUUAGCUGGUAGUAAAAUGCUAACUGAAGCUACCGUUGAAAAUGAAACAAAAGAAAAGGUUAACGAUCAAAGAGAACAUAAUUUGGGUUUGACAAACGACACGGAAAGAAUAACUGGAACAAUGUCGUCGAUGAAAACGGGUAAUAACGAGACAACGAAUUCGACAAUAUCGCGAACUAAUGGAAUUUCUGUGAAAUCCGUUGGUGACCCUGCUACUAUCGGGAAUGUUCCUAUUAAAGGGUCUCAACGUCGAAAUAAUGAGAAUCAUGAUGAAAAUACACUACAAAGAUCAUUGACUCGGCUUUCAACUGGUUCGAAUGAUAGCGAACGAUCCACUGAUACUGGAGUUAGUGUUGAUACUGUUAAAGGAGUUUCCUCACCGAGAGUGAAAAGGGGGAUGCAUAUCGUCAAACGACCGGAUGAAAUCGAAACUCUGAGUGGAAAUGUCAUGAGACCAGAACAAAAUGGUGACCCCACGUAA